AUGAAUUCUCUUCUUUCCGCUGUUCUGGUACUUUCUGUUGUUGUUGUAUUGGCAUCUGGGUCGAUUCUACCGCCGAAAAUCGGUGCGAAUUUGAUUGAUGAUAUGAAGGCGAAAUUCAACAAUCAACUUACAUCUAUGAAACCUUUUGUGUAUACUCAAUCCCCAUUUUCUAAACCUGGCAAUGAUUGGUUCGAUUUUUCGAAAUUCAAAAGCAACAAAACGGUCUCUACCACUUCUCGUUUGUCUAACAACUUCGGUAGUAGUUCAACAUGUGAUUUGAAUUCUAGUAAUGGCAAUAAACAAUCAUUUUGUGAAAUAACUGGAUCUUGGGAUUUCGAAAACGGUAAAGAAUGUUUCAUCUCAAACUACAUCAAAAAAGUUUACUUAUCAUCGUACAAAGGCCCUGUUGACCCACUCAAUGGCAUUGCUCAAUGCACAAAAACACCAUGUGGCACCACUGAGAAAACGACUGUCAGCUGCAAUGUCGCUUUUACUGAGGAUCAGUUGAGAAAGAUUGAAAAACGCUCCACUUAA